AAAAGAUAUAAUGAAGAGAUAUACUGUACCGAAAAAUACACUCGCGCAAGGCUUCAGUAGCCAGAAUGGAAUGUUAGUAUCGCCGCUUAUAUUCCUUCCUCCUUCGGAACUGUGUCAACGCGAUCGUGCCUGCCGCCGUCGCUGCAAGAUGAUCGAUCGUGCACGUACGUGACAGCUGUCUAUUGUCUUUCUUUUCAUCUCGUAAAAAUGAAUACUCCAAUCGUGCCUGAGACAUAAUUCGAUACGAAUCAUCCAAUAUCGCCAAAUAUCUAUGUAGUAAAUAUAAAAUGAAAUGUAAAGCCGAUGUAAUGAAAAGAGACAAAUGUGGAUCAAUAGAUUGAUACUUUUCAUGUUCAAUCUCUUUAUUUUCUUGUAUUUAUUAAUCGUAAUGGAAUCAAUUAUUUAAUUUAUGCUUUUGUUCUCUUGUCCUCCCGCAAUGCAAAGCCUCCCGCAAAAGCUAAAAAUUAAUACUAUUAUAUAAAAUUAAUUUAUGUAUGUAACAAAUUUAGAGUUAAAUGUUUGAAGCUACAUUUUUUAAGUUAUUAUUUUACUUACAUGGUGACGUUAAUGUUCAAAAGAUACAAUCUUUCGCAAACUCUUAAUUCUAUGCGGCAGUUGUACUGCGUGUAAUAUUAAAUUACACUUCAUUAAACUUCCUGAAGUAUAUAUGAUUGAGUUUCCAAGUGUAAAGUUAAGUAUAUAUGUAUGUUCAAUGUUCUUGGAAAGUGUUUCAAUCGUUUAAUAUGAAUAAUGUUUAACUGUCAAUGAAUUAUUUAUGCGAUUCAAAUAUUCAUCGUCUCGUUUACGUGAUCUCAGUGAUCUUUUAGAGAACCGAACAAGCAGGCGGAAGACGCGCAGGUGCUUAGAAUAUAACUUCUUAGUUUAAAAGUAGUCGAGCCGCUCCGUCCUGAUAAAAGAAUCCAGGAUGCAAUUUCGCAUCGGAUACACUCCCGAGGCACGCGAUGUCGCGCGACACGAAGACGGUGUCUUUAGUCUUCUCCUGACUCUCCACCCAACGAUUGCGACCGCAGGAAGCGCGUCGCAAACAAGUUUGCUCACGCGUAAUUAAAUCGCCAUCGAGUCGUCGCGUGUCGCGCGAUUAAGACGCCUUUUAAUUUUUCCCUUGAUUGACAGACAAUAAUUACGUAUCCCACGAAGCGUUUUUAAGUUUUGCCGCGUUAAAUCUGUCGCGUAUCCGGAUAAAAUUGUUCUUGUGUAACUCUCUUCUUGUGCAAAAAUUCUCAAGGAGUGAUGACAAGCAGCGAGCCGGUAGAAAAUCCGCAGGAAUCGGAGAAGUCUCUCGACGACAUUGACGUUGGCAUUGACGUCGAUGGCCGUAAACCCAGCAUAUUCACCCUGUACGCGAAAAUAUUCCGAUUGCUUCUCGCAGUGCAGACACCGAAUUUCAGUCUUCUCAGCGAUGAAUUACGUGACAGAGAACUUGAAAAAUUGAUACUGCCGAGCAACGAGGAAUGGCGUCAGCGGGUUUAUCAGUGGCUCGUGGAAUUCCAGAGAGAAAAGGAUGCUGAAACCGAAGACGAAAGGAUGGAUGAGGAGUCUACGCAACAUGCGGGUCGUAAAGAUUCACAGGACUGGGAAUGGUGUCCCGAAAAGAGAGAAGACCUUCCGAAGGGAAGAAAAGAGAGUCAGGACAUCGCCAUCUCCUUAAACGCCGUAUCGGAGACUGGCGGUUCCAUGACGGAGGUUUGCAUAGAGCCGGGUUGGCGUAUUAACGACAUUCUCUUGGCGGCCAGAGUCCUGCAAAACACGCAGCCUUCCCCAGAUUAUGCCAACGAGGCUGAGAUGAGACGUGUUUUCGGUCUGGUUUACGAUGUUCUCAGAUACAAGAAUAUCCUGAAUCGUGCUCUCGAAGACGGAAGAUUUUGGUAUCAAAAUGGUCACCUGAAACAGAGGGAGAGAGUAGUCUGGUUAUUAUUGUACGACAUGCAAGGAAGGAAAUUCGCACGUCAGCGCGACUGCGAGGCACUCGAGAUUCGAGAGAAGAUGUUCAAGGCUGUCGGGCUGAAAGAUAUCGAGGACGCUCUUCUGAACGCGAAGACACACUUGGCGGCAAGCAUCUCGCGUCUCCGUAUCGGCGGCUCGGCGCUCAAUCUCGAUCAGCUUCUUCCCACGCAUCUGCGUAUCGCCGAGGGAAUAAGUUGGGCUGACGAAGGCGCGAUCGCUUCCGGAUGGAUCAACACCAUCAGAAUAGCUAGUAAGAAUGAGUUCGCGAGGAGCAUGUCGAAGCUGAAAUUCAGGCACUGCGAUGACGUUAAAGCCGAGGAACUCAACGAGAAUGAUUAUGUCUUCGAUCCAAUUUGCCCCAAAAUCAUAAAUUUGCAUGAUAGGGCACGAGAGAAGCUCGCGGUGUCCGACUUGGUUCGCGAUCAUCGAUUCGUCUUUCUGGAAAGAUCCCUGUGCCUCGGAGCGGCCACGCUGGCGCAGGCGAUACGCGUCGCACGUCUUUGCGGUCCUGUGAUCCUCACGCACUCGAUCGCCCCUCGCCAUACAGGCUACCUGGCCGGGUUGCUGGCGGAUAUCGAAGACGUCGGAAGGCUGCUGGCUUUCGGAGCCGGAGACCGCCGUUGCGAGUACGAGGCCUACCUGGAGACUUUGGGUGUUACUCUGCAGCAGUGCCGAGUGUUCUCGGAGAAAUAUUCAUCGCCACCACCCUCUGUCGAAUUGGAAAGAGCAACGAUAGUUCUAGCGACACCCCCGUGCAGCUACACCGGUGUCAGGGACAUCGUCGACCUCGCCGUCGCACGUGGCGGUGACACCAGUUUGCUGGAAUCGCUGACCAGCGACAUGGCAGGCGAAAUAAAACAACCCCGUACCCUCUUAGCCGAGCAAUUCUCCACGCUGAAAUACGCGCUGACCAGACCGAACAUACAGUUCCUGAUAUACGAGGUGCACACGAUCCUGCCUUCCGAGACCACAGAGAUGAUCCGACAGGUCGUCGAUUACGCGAAUCAGAUAGCCACGGAGAAGUACAUCCACGAGCAUCCUAUAAAGAAAAGAACUCCGAAAGAUAGCAGUGGCAAAAUCCCGAAGAUGGUGAAAACUAGCGCAGGUAAACAGGAGCAUUCGAGGGAGCAGCAGGAGAAUCAACCGGAAGAAGAGGACGAUGAAACAUCGAUAGUGACGAGCGAAAUCGUUAUUCCUGACAGUGAUUUGUUCGAAGUCGGAAGUAUCGAUGAGAUUUACGGUGACGACAACGAGCGGACGUUGGAUCCGGGCUGUUUCAUCGCCAUAAUCAAACGGAAGGAAAUGAUGCAAUUCAAUUCGCUUUUCAUGAUCAAAGUCGCGGAGUCGAAGGGAUUGUUCGGCGAUUCUGACAAGGAAUGUCCGAGUCCGAAAGAGGAGGUCGAAGUGCAACAACCCACAAAAGUGGUGCAAAAGUCACAAAUAAGUCGCAAAUUUGUCAAGCGAGUCAAAAUUGAGAUAGAUCGCUUAGCGGCGCCCACGCACUCCUCGAUAUCGCGGACCUCCAGCAAAUGUGAACUGUGUCCUCGUCACGGCCGCUACAUCGUGAGGGAUGAGAAGCUGCUGUCGAUGCAGAUAAGUGAAACACGGAAACAAGAUGCUCGGCGAUGGUGGCGGGAUGCAAUCACGGUCGUCGUGCACUCGGAAGGAUCUGGCAUCGCGCGCAACUUUCGUGCGAUACGCUCGGACCCGCUGACGCAGAAACUACUCUUUCCAUUCCACGUGAAGAAGAUCUCGUUGUCGAAACGCCGUUCCCGCAAUUCGUCCGACGACGAAUUUGUUCAGAAUUCGAUUUAAUUCGUUGACAUGACAGCU